GCGCAUUUCCGAAACGACGCUACACUCGUAAACAACAUUUUUUUUCAAUCAGGUAGUAUAUUUCGGGUGGUUUUUGUUCGAAAAAUAAAUACGGAUGAGCGAAGUGUCUUUCAACUAUACAUCGUGUACUCGAUUUGAUAUUGUUUUAAAAAAUGAGCGUGAUUCGCUGUAAUAGUUUAUGGUUAUUUUCGGUUGACCUUAGGAUGUGGUGACGUCACUAGCGAUCGUUCUGGAAAUAAACGCCAUAGAACAAUAAUGGCGGAUCUCUACGCCAAGUACAAUUGCACAUAUUGCCAGGAGGACAUCGCUGGGUUGCGUGUUAAAUGCGUGGAAUGUGCCGACUUUGAUCUGUGCUUACAGUGUUUUUCUGCUGGUGCUGAAAUAGGACAGCACAAAAAUGACCAUUCUUAUCAAUUUAUGGAUUCUGGUACAAUUAGCAUAUUUAGCGGGAGAGGAAGUUGGACAGCGAGAGAACAACUCAGACUUCUCGAUGCGAUUGAACAGUUUGGUUUUGGAAAUUGGGAGGAUAUAAGUAAACAUAUUGAAACAAGAACGCCUGAUGAGGCUAAAGAGGAAUACAUCGCCAGAUAUCUUGAUGGAAAUAUCGGUAAACAGACAUGGCCUUCGACUGAAAGUUAUAGACCAAACCUGACGGACCAAACUAGCUCUGAUUAUGGGCCACUAUCGCCAGACUUGACCUCGCGACUGCCACCGUUAGAUAUCACCCCAGAAGAAGCAGCUCAGCUCGGCUAUAUGCCACAGCGGGAUGAUUUUGAAAGGGAUUAUAAACACGAGGCAGAGUCUUUGGUUUCUUCGUUGUUUCUCACUCCUGCCGAAGACGAUGAUCUUGACAUUGCGCUAAAGCUAGCCCAAGUUGACAUGUACACAAAUAACUUACGUGAACGAGCAAGAAGAAAACGUGUCGUUAGAGAUUAUCAACUUGUCUCUUCGUUCUUUGCUUCGACAAGAAAAGAUAGAGUGAUCAAGAAAAAACAGAGCAAAGAAGACAGAGAAUUUCGGGAUAGAAUGCGAACGUUUGCCCAAUUCUACACAGCGCAGGAGCACGAACAAUUCUUGACUAAUUUGGAAAGGGAACGAGAGCUCCGACUACGGCUAACCGAGCUUAGUCGUUACAGAGAGAACGGUAUCACCAGGCAUGAAGAAUGUGCCCAUUUCGAACAAGUCAUGGCACAGACUCAAGGUCAAACAGAAACGACGGAUCAUUGGACUGAAAAAAAAUCUGGCAGCAGUGGGCCGUCCACACCAACACACCGCCAAAUGUUAAAAAAAAGAGAAGAAGAAAAAAGCUGCGGUUUAAUAGACCAAAAAUGCACGUCAAAGGCAGACUCAGCCAGCAGCAACUACAUAAUCAAUCAAGCCAGUCCCAAUCGGACGACGAUUCCAGUCAAUCAGUUGGCGGUGCAAGAUAGCCAUACCAAUUCCACCCAUCCUACAAUUGCUUUCUCAAAAACUACUUUGGAGAAAGGCAACAACUCUACUGUUACAGCCAUCAAAGUCUCUCCAACGGGAUUUACAGUGUCCGAUGCAAGGGACGUAGAGAUGGAAGCGGCAGCUCAACUUCUCACCAAACAAGAGAAGACCUUGUGUCUCCAGCUAGAUAUGAAACCAACGCAGUAUCUUACCCAAAAGACCCUGUUGUUGCAAGAGUAUCUAAAUGGCAAUAGGAGAUCAGGCGUUGCACCCCAGUCUGAGCCGGAGAGCAAGAUCCUUCACUAUCUGGUAUCCAAUGGCUGGAUUGCUGCGAACUAAUCAACGCAGAACCAAUUAAAUUUAUAGGCGACGCCUCAUCUCUAAGUCACCUUAGGAUCAUUGCAAGCCAAGUCUUAGAAAUAAAUAAUUUUACUGUAACUUAUUAUUUGAAUAUUAAUUGAACAGGUGGGAAGAAUUUUACCCUUUUUCAUCAUACUGCCAAAUCUGUCGCAUUGUUCAAGUUUUCAUAGAUUUAUCUAACAACAAAGAUUCCUGUCAUAGUUAUAAAGAAAAUUAAACCGUUUACUAGCAGUAGAUUAAUGUGUCGACUAAUUGCUGGCAAAUUUGACAUUCAACUAUAGAUCUAGUUAUAACUUGCUAUUUUGCGCUGCAUUAAUCUCAUUGUCAAGUAUUGGCAAGAGAUUUAAUUACUCUUUGGGUAACAUUCCGCCACAUUUAUAAUUCUUAAAUUUAAGAAACGUACACAUUGUGUUCACCAAUUACUGUGAUCUUUAUAUUUAUUUUGAGAAGGAAUUGUCAGAUUGAUUAAAUUUAGUACUACUCAAUAUUCAAUGCUCCAAUAAUAAAAUACUGUCAUCUGUUGUUAUCACACUGCUCUGGAGACAUCUGUUUGUUUAUGUGUGUCUAAUUGUGUGAGAAUCAUGCUUUGUUUUUGAUAAAAUUGAAAAUUUUUGGCCCAGAUUUUUGAAGAGCAAUACCUGAUAUUAUUUCAUCUCAUAAUUAAUGUACUAUUGUAAGUAGAUAUAUGUAUGUAGGUUGAUAUUUUACGUUAUUAUACGUAUAGCUGUCCUCUUACGCUGAAUGCGGUCGACGACUUAUUUAUAAAUAAUUGAAUACCUAGGUUCCGCUUCUAUUACCCUGAAAUUUUUGCUCAAUUCUAUUGUUUGACAAGUUAUGUUUCGCCUUGUUCAUCUGUAAAAUUUACGAAUCGAUAAUCCUCGGUUUCUUUCUACCUGUUCAAAAUAAGGUGUAUAAAUAAACUGUUUUCAUUUACAAUAACGAAAUUAACUAUGUAUCGCGAAACACUUAGGAGUGGGAUUUAAUUGUGAAUAUUAAUAUUGUAUUGCAUACUAUCGACGUGUAGCCAAUGCAAGAAAAAAAAUAUUCUCAAUCUUAGUUAAUGUGAAUUGUCGAAUUUUUUUUUUGUUCCUCUCGCUAUUGAGAAGUGUGUAAACUUAUAGAUACAAAACCAAAGCUCUUGAUGGCCAAGAAAAGUGUCUCGGAGUGAACAUGCCACUGGUGCCUCAUGGUGUUCCUCCACCACCAAAUUGCUGAAUAUUUGAAUUACAGUUAUAUUAUACUGUAUGUAUAGAUGCUUGAAUCGUAAAGAAAUUUGAGCUAGUUAGUUGUAUUGAGUGACAAGGACGUAGGAGUAUUAAAAGCUGCUGAUUUUCUGAAACUGUAAAACAACAUGAAUUUCUUAAUUUUAUUUCACACCUAUUCAUGGGAAAUGAAGUUUAAAACUAAUCAAAUAUUCACCUAACUUUCCGCUUACCAGAUAUCCCAAAUUAUCAUCCAUGUCAAUGAACUCUUAUAAAACGGACUAUAGCUAUGAGAAUGGAAUGUUUUGGUACCAUAAGUGAACUGGAGUUAAACUUUACUGUGAACUUUCUUUACCAGUUUACCGAUUUGUAAUAAAUCCUAUUCCUAUCCUGAAAAGUUGAGGGUUUGUACACAGUUAGGUAUUUAAACGUAACUGAUUGGUAGCGGAAAAGCUAAUAAAAAUAUUUGAACAUCAUUUUAUUGUUAAAAAAUAAUUAUUACAUGAGGUGCAAUCUUAAAACAAUUGGUAAUAAAAAUAGUAAUAAUGAGACUACAUAGCUUGCAGAUUAAUUAACGGAAUAAUUCUCAUUUAAAGUAGUAGCAAUUCUUAUACGAUUAAUCAGCAAGCAAUCCAUGAUAGGUAAUUCAAAUGGUAAAUCUUGGUCAAUUGUCUCAACUAUCUAUAUGAUUAGUCAAGUUUAUUUAAAAUCUAAGAAAGAAUAGCUGGAACUGUUAGGUACAAAACAAGUUAUAACUAAUGAAAUUAAAAUGUUUAAUGGUGGAAAUAUAACAUUGUUACAUCAUAUGUAGAGAAAAGUUGCCAGUUGCCAAAGCCGUCUAUCUUUAAUUGGGGAUCAAAGGUAAGGUUUGCCCGAUCAUCUCGGCGUAGUUGUUAUGUGUUUAAGGUCUUUUGUAUUAUGAGAUGACUUUUAUAUCACUACAUGAUUUAAGUAACAAAGAUUGAAGGCA